AUGGCAAUCAAACCAAUUACCGGAAUGCUCCGUCGGGGCCUCGUCCUUGACCUCAGCGUCGCCUUCGGUCUCGGAACAUCAUUCGGAUACCUCUUUUGGUACGGAUACCACAUCCCAGCUGUCCGCCAGCGUGAUGCCUACUACUCAAAGCUUGAGGAUCAACGAGCAGCCAACGCAGCGGCUUAG